UCCCUCCCGCGGAACGCGAAAUAGUCAAAGGUUCCGCCUUCCGGAUAAAGAGGUCAGGAGACGCUUCAAUGACGGCAGAUCUGACAGCUGACAAAGUAUUCUCUACACUGUGACGUUUUAUAUUCGUUUUUUGUUUUGGUUCAAAGUCCAGAUGGAGAACAUAGUGAGGUUCGAACACUGCGGGGAGCUAAUCUACACUUUCACACACCGGGAGGACACCCGCAGCUCGGCGGAGGAACCGGGAGGGACCGGGAGCGGUCCGGCAGGUGUGCCCAGCGGGAGGUGUCCUCUGUGCGGGGAUCGGCUCAGCUUCCGGCUCCUGGACGCACCUGUGGCCGUCCAGUGUCCGUUCAGCAACGGGCACGAGACUCCGUGCGCGUUCCUCCUCUCAUCCCGAUCCGGACCGACAUCUAUCAGUGAACAGAAUGAAUCUGAGCUUCACGUCGGGAUCUCAAACUCUGAAGGUGUUGUAUUCAGUUAUACAGAGUCGGGGGUUCAGCGUCAGCAGCAGAGCUGGGAGAAGAGUUUGACCAUCCCUCUUAUUACCCCUAGCAACCACCCAUCUGUUCCCCUUAUUACCCCUAGCAACCACCCAUCACCUGUUGUGGUUACCCCUAGCAACCACCCGUCUCCUCCUCUCCUCCCUGGCAGUGUUGUCAGGUCGUGGGACCGACGCCUGGAGACCUUCUCCUCUCAGGACCGAUGGACCACAGACAGGUUUUCGGAGGAGGGGGAGUUUGGAUCCUGUUGCUAUGGUUUCGCUCUGAGUUUUAUUAAUGAGGUCAGGAGGUCAGAGGUCAUGGAGGUCAUCAGCCAAAACACGUUCACCCUCGGAUGCGUCCUGCCGACGAUACAACGCAGCUCAAAGUACCUGAGCCUGUACGACCACAUCCGUCACCAUGGAUACUACCACAGUACUACAGCAUAGUACUACAGUACGCAGUGCUGAGUACCUGAGACUCUACCACUACUUACAUCAACACGGAUACUACUAUUAGUACUGCAGUACUACUGUAGUAUUCGUAGUGAAAUACCGGUAGACAAUAUCUUAAAAUGUUUUUUAUCAGUCACGGACCGCUGUGUGUGUGUCUGUGUGUGUGUCUGUGUAUGUGUGUGUGUGUGUGUGUGUGUGUGUGUGUGUGUGUGUGUUUGUAAUCCAGCCUAAUAAAGAACUAAAAUGAUGCAGAAAUGAACGGCUGCUUUGUGAGGGCAGAAAUAAACACGAAGUAGACACUAACAUAACCCUGAAACUAUAAAUACUACAGUACAUACCACAGUACAUUAUCAAUACCAUACAGUACUCAAAUAUAUACUUACAUUACAAACAAGGAGUACUAACCACAGUAAAUACUUAGUACAUACUCACUGUACAAACUAGAGUGCAUACUACCAUACAUGCUACAGUACUUUCAGUACAUACGAACAGUACAUACGAACAGUACAUACUAACGGUAUUUACUACAGUUCAGACUGACAGGUGUCAUCUGUUUGAAAUACUGAUCCCUGUCACCUGAUAGGUCCAUCCUACAGACUGUUACCUGAUAGGUCUAGAGGGGUGUGAGCAGUCACCUGAUAGGGCUAGAGGAGUCAGCUGUCACACAUCAGACAGACCGCACAAAGGUUGGCCCACAGUAGUGAUGCUGUGGGAGAGAGAAUAGGAGAGAGAGGUAGAGACACAGGGAGAGAGACACACACACACAAACACAGACAGAGAGACAGUAACAGAAAGAGAGGGACAGACACCGAGAUUGAGAGACACACGGUGAAAGAGAGAGAGUCAGACACAGAGGGGGAGAGAAAAAGAGAGGGAGAGAGACACAGUGAGAGAGACAGACACCGAGAGAUAGCUAGACACAGUGAUCGAAAGA